AAAAUAUUUCAGUUGUUCAUUACUAAAAAAAAUGGAAUAAAAAAUAAAAAAAAUAAUAAUUUUCGAAAAUAAUUAGACAAAAUUAUUUCGAUUGCAAUGAAAACAUUCAUUUCGACUUACUCCAUGAAAUCAUAAGUUGUGCAAUGUCAAAGGAACCGCUAACGAACCAAAGUGAAAACGGAAGGGAUCGAAAAUCGACCGAAAAUACAACAGCACAACCCCUGUAUACAUUCUACCAACCACACUUGUGCCCACCGCCAACCGAUUAUAUGUUUCUCGACGAUAAUCCCACAAAUAGCAUAUCGUCAAAUAAUAACUCGUUGAAAAGAGCACAGCAACUUCAGGUUUCCUCAAAAAUGGUACAAAAUCAACAUUCAAAGGCUCCUUUAGAACCAAUUAUGAGGGAACAAAUAUCUAAUAAAGAAAAGCGUCAGCAGCAGUGUGAACCUUCGUGUACUGAAUUCCAUGAGCUCGGUGAAGAAAUUUACAGAUGCUCAGUGAAUAGUAAUGUCAUGGAAGAUAUUGGAAAGUGCGAAACAGAUGAAAAAGACUCCAAUGAAUCGGUGAAAAGUGCUGAGGCUCUCGUUUCAAACAAACUUGACGUUGUAUGAAAGAACUUAAAUUUUGAUUGAGUGACAUGUCGAUAACCGAAAAAGAAACCAACAGUCAUGAGCACGACGACAACACCAAGUAUGAUGGAGAGUAUUGCAUAACCGGGGAGUGCU